AUGUCUACAUUUACCGCACCCAUUCAUUUCAAUGGGCAAGGCUUCACCGCGAAGCUUUCACUCCAAACAAAGAUUCCGAAGCCCGAUAAGCACGAUGAGUCUAAGGCCAUUGACAUUGUAGCUGUCCACGGGCUGACCCCCUGGGAGUCCUUCGCGGGUCCUUCCUUCUGGCUGCGCGAUUUCAUUGCAAAGGAUAUUCGUGGUGCUAGAGUGUUUACAUUUGAUUACGAUUCCAAGGCAGUCUGGCUAUGCGGAGCGCCAUUGAAGAAUAUCCAAGACGUGUCCAGGGCCCUGCUUGCUGAAAUAGCCGCUAUCCGGGAAGGAGUCCCAGUGGCACGACCGCUAGUAUUGAUCUGCCAUGGCUUUGGUGGUUUUAUGGUUGAAUCCUGCUUGAAUGAUGCCUUCACACACCUCCCAAAUAUAAUCGAUUGCACCCGGGGGAUUCUGUUUCUGAGUGCACCGCAACGUACAUCGCCAGAGGUCCCGUGGGAAACGCUCUUGAUGCGCUGCGCGAGAGACAGCAUACAUCUGGGAGACGUCCAGUGGGAAGAAACCAGUGCAACUGUUCUGGGCGAUAUCUCCGAGGGCUUCAAGGCAAAGGCAAAGGCAGCUAAAAAGAUGAAACUGCUAUUCUACUACGAGGAUCGUUCGACGCCUCCACAGCAGGAAUGUAGUUUGAACGAGUACUCGGCAGCUCUUGGUCUUCGUCGCGAGAAGGUCCAGUUGAUGGUCGGUUGCAGCCACCUCUCCAUGGCAAGUUUCCUAAGCAGGGAGGAUGAGAACUACAAAGCAAUUCUCUCUGCCAUCAAGAAGAUCCGAAAGGCGGCAUUGAGCGAUACUUCUACUUUGGGAUUUUCUGAAUCUGGGCCGCAUAAUGAGCUUGAAGAAAUCCAGAAUCCAGGAGACAUUGAGGCAUACCAGGCCAUGACUGUACAUGCUGUCCCGAGUACUUCGGUCAUGGACCAACAGAAUUCCAACUUGCAGAACGCAGUUACGACUACCCACAAUACGCCCAAAGUUACUCCAUUCUCGCCGACGCCAAUGCAUGCAUUUGGUACUCGUGAAUCGAGCUUCAGAACAUGGCCAGGUGCCAUGAUCACCCCUGGGCAGCCGGACCCAAAUCACAUCAUCCAUGGUGCGCCAGGGAUCUCCAUCUCGACCUAUUCCUCUAGUCCGCAAUUGGGGCAAGUUGAUCCAAAUCAGAUGAAGAUUCCCAGGCGCCCUGUUCCCCAUCCACCUAGUAGGCCAAUAAUUGCACGAAAUAUGUCUGCUCCGGCUCCGAUAUCAAAUUCCUCUGGUCACGGAAUUGACCCUGUCAAGCAACACCUACAGUCAACUUUGCCACCACAAAGACCUCAUUUUGCAUCUGGACAAUGGGGACAGGAAAUACAGCACCCUCAAAACAUACCCAGCAGCAUUGCGCCGGUAACUACACUAGGACCAAACUCCUCUGCCAAGUCAGACACGAAGCCCAAACGGCCACACGAGGCCGGCCCUCUGAGUCCAGCACAACUACCAUCAAAUUCCGGAAAUGCAGUACCCAGGCCACUAGCUAUCCGUCAACAUGUCGGUAGUGAGGGCAUGUCUCCUGGUAAUAUUCACAGGACUGGCCAGCAAAUGCACUAUCCAAUUACCAAUGGAAUACCAACCAAUUCAUCCCAACAUAUGUCCCCGCAGCCUAGUUCAAGGACCUAUCAAUAUCCUCCAGUCAAUCAUCCACUUCCUACCCAGCAUCCAAUGGCUCAUGCAACCCCAACAAUGCCGAAUCAAGUGAAAUCCCCAAAGAAAGUGACAAAGCCGAAGGUACCCUCAGACGAGCAACGAUUCAAACCUCAAAAGCUACCAGGGACCAACCCUGUGCCGCAAAAAACCUAUCAUCAGGAUUUUUCUUCGACGCAUAUUCCCCCCACUCCACAGCAAGGUCUACGUGAACUGCAGCCACACCCACAGCCAAACUAUACCUCACCCCCCAAGAGCCCCGGGCUCUGGAAGAGGAUUUUCUCGGGUAGCAAGGGUUCGAAUCCGGUCCCCACCCCAGCGGUCCAUGGAGUGCCCUUAGAACCUCAAAUUGCUGCGCACCAGCCGUACCAGCCAUACCAGCCGUACCGGGCUCCGUCCAGACCGACCAGCUUGGGAGGCCCUGGAGCAUUAUCAGGAUCUAAGAUUAGUGCACACCAGCCAUACCAGUCAUACCAGCCGUAUCAGCCUCCGUCCAGACCCACCGGCUUGGGGGGCCCUGGAGCACAUGCGGGAUCUCAAAUUGGUGCACACCAGCCGUACCAGCCGUACCAGACUCCGUCCAGGCCGACCAGUUUGGGAGGCCCUGUGGCAAUCUCUGGAUCUCAACUUGUUGCACACCAACAGUACCAGCCGUAUCAGCCUCCAUCUAGACCCACCAGCUUAGGAGGCCCUGGAGCACACUGGGGGUCACAAAGCGGUCUACACCAGCCGUCUAAAGCGCCCAAAGAACUCAAAGAACCCAAAGAGCCAAAACUUCCGAAAGCUCCCAAAGAACCCAAAGCUCCCAAAGCUCCCAAGCCGUCCACACCUCCGUCCAGACCUACCAGCUUAGGAGGCCUGGCGGUACACCCAGGGCCACAAAGUGUCCCACACCACUCGCCCAAGCCGCCCAAGCCUACAUCCAGGCCACGCAGCCUGGGAGGCCCUGGAGUGCACCCUGGACCGCCAAGUGGUCCGAACCAACCGUAUAAGUCAUACAAGCCUCCAACCAGGCCGAUCAGUUUAGGAGGCCCUAAGUUACCCCUGGGAUCCCAUGGUGGUCCACAGCAGCCAUACAAGCCAUACAAGCCUCCAUCCAGGCCGCCCAUGUCAGGAGGCCAUGGCGGACACUCAGGCCCACAGGCUGGUCCAUACCAGCCGUACAAACCUGGGUCAAAUGCCCACUCGUCAUCGUCGCAUGGUCCAUUCAUGCAUGGUCACAACCCUAAUGGUCAUUUCGGCUCAGGAGAGCAUCAACCUUGGGAACAGGGUAACCAGGGGGGACAUGGUCAUGGCUUUUAUCCUGGACUAGGCCAAAUUCCUGGUCACGGUGCUGGUAAUGGUCCAGUCGAGCCGACAGAUCCAGCUAAGCCGACAGUCCCAUCUGAGCCACCGAGCCCAGUUAAACCUCCUGGUCCAGCUGAGAAUACACCUCCAACCAAGCCGACAGAGCCAGCGGAACCGACUGUUCCAGCACAGUCGACAGAUCCCGCUGAGUCAACUGGCCCGGUCAAGCCUCCGGGUCCAGUUGAGCCGAUAGCUCCAGGUCAGCCGACAGAUCCAGCGGAACCAACGGGCGAGGUGAAGCCUCCAAGUCUAGUUGAUCCUGCGGAUCCAGUUCAGCCGACAGAUCCAGCUAAGCCACAAGGUCUAGUUGAUCCUACAGGUCCAUCUGAUCCAACAGUCCCGGUCAGCACUACGGGUCCAGUCGGGGUGACAGAUCCAGCUCAACUGGUAGAUUCAGCUAGGCCACGAGGUCCGGUUUAUCCUACACAUCCAGUUCAGCCGACUGAUCCAGCUCAGACAAGAAGUCUAGUUGAUCCUACAGAUCUUUCUAGGCCAAUAUUCCCGGUCGGCCCUGUAGGUCCAGUCCAGCCAACAGAUCCAGUCCAGCCGACAUACCCAGCUCAGCCAAGAGAUCUCUUUGAGCCUACAGGUCCAGUCCAGCCAACAGACCCAGCUAGGCCAGUAGGUCUGGCCAAUUCUACAGGUCUAACAGGUCCGGUCGGCCCUGCAAGUGCAGUUAAUCCUGCAUGGCCAGCCCAGUCGACGGCUCCAGUCGGAUACGCAAGCCCUAUUUGGUCGGCAGCACCCGGGUUUCCUCAUACUGAGAAUAAUGGGCAGGUCUGGAACCCUGGUCACAGUCAAGAUCAGACCCAUCAGUCCCAGAGCCAGAGCAGUAGAGGUGGAAAUGUUGCCGCUGGCCUUGCGGGUCUGGCUAUAGGAGGGGCUGGUGCGGCUAUUCUAAUGGCCUCCAUGAACCAAAGCGACGAUGGUGAGGACGAUGAUAGUGAUGAUGAAGAGGGGGAACACAAUGGCGAAGGGGAUAGUGACGAUUCUGAGGACAGUGAUGAAGGAGAAGACAGUGAUCAAGCUGAGGACAGUGACGAAGCUGAAGACAGUGAUCAAGCUGAGGACAGUGACCAGGCUGAGGACAGUGACCAGACUGAGGACAGUGACGAAGCUGAAGAUAGCGACGAAGCUGAGGACAGUGAUGAAGCUGAUGACAGUGAUGAAGCUGAGGACAGUGACCAGGCUGAGGACAGUGACGAAUCUGAAGAUAGCGACGAAGCUGAAGAUAGCGAUGAAGCUGAAGAUAGCGACGAAGCUGAAGACAGUGAUGAAGCUGAGGACAGUGACCAGGCUGAGGAUAGUGACGAAGCUGAAGAUAGCGACGAAGCUGAAGACAGUGACCAGGCUGAAGACAGUGAAGCUGAGGAUAGUUGUGAAGGCGAGGAGAGCGACGAAGAGGUGGAAGAUAGCAGUGAGGAAGAGGAAGACGAGUAUGCUCACAGCUUUGAUGAAGAUGAUGAUGACGGAGACGGCUAUGAUUCAGACUAUUGA